AGGCUCAGCUACCCAGCACCCAGAGCAUAGACCGGAGUGCCCCGGUUCCCCGUGGCCGUGGGGUUGGUGGUGUCGGGCGGCGGAUGGAGCUCCCGUGAUCCGCACCCCACGGAGCCCCGGCCGCCCCAUGCAGCUGACCCCGCUCGUACUGCUCUGCGGCGCUGCGCUGCUCCUGCUUCCGGCGGUGCGGGGCUGCGGGCCGGGCAGGGUGGUUGGCAGGCGGCGCAGACCGGCCAAGCUCAGCCCGCUCUCCUACAAGCAGUUCAGCCCCAAUGUGCCCGAGAAGACCCUGGGAGCCAGCGGCAGGUACGAGGGCAAGAUCGCCAAGAACUCGGAGAGGUACAAGGAGCUCACCCCCAACUACAACCCGGACAUCAUCUUCAAGGACGAGGAGAACACCGGGGCCGACCGGCUCAUGACACAGCGUUGCAAGGACCGGCUGAACUCGUUGGCCAUCUCUGUCAUGAACCAGUGGCCGGGCGUCAAGCUGCGAGUCACGGAAGGAUGGGACGAAGACGGCCAUCACUUCGAGGAGUCUUUGCACUAUGAAGGCCGCGCUGUGGACAUCACCACCUCCGACCGCGAUCGCAAUAAAUACGGCAUGCUGGCAAGGCUGGCGGUGGAAGCCGGCUUCGACUGGGUCUUCUAUGAGUCCAAAGCCCACAUCCACUGCUCUGUGAAGUCAGACUCCUUCUUCAGCGGGGUUCAGGCGGCCACAACCCAGAACCACGCGUGGAAAGCACCGGUCCACAAGAACCGGCUUGAGAAAGCUGAAGACCCAUACUUGGACUGGAGGACCCAGGGGGUGGCAGACACGCAGGGAGAGCGUGGCUUAGACAACUGGAACAACUACAUGAGGGGACCUGGCACAGAAGAGCUGGGGUCCACAGCCUGGAAAACGAAAAAUAAGAAGAAGAAAAAGGAAGACAGACAGAAGAAUAAGAAAGAAUUGAAAGUGAAAGACGGAGAGGAGAAGAAAAUGAAGAAAAGGAAAAAAAAGGGCAAAGGGGGUGGUAUGAAUGACAAGAUUAUGGGAAAAGAGGAGAGGAGGCAGAGGAAGGCGAUGGAAAAACAAUUGAAUUGAGACCCAGUAGACUGGCUCAGGUUGUAAGGCUUGAAGGCCAUGAGAAGGUAGAAAGUACGGGAGGCUGGACCUUCCAUGAACAGGGCAGUGGGUUCUGGAUCCGACAACGGUAGCAGAUGGUAUGGCAUAGUAUUAGGUAAUAACUGAAUAAGAAGGGAGAGCGUGAAAAUUCUGAGACGGUGAAACAUUGGAGUGGGUGAAGGAUAACGAUAUAAGAAACCAAAUAGGGAGGAAUACAACGUUGCGAUGUUACUUUGGUUCUUUAUUGAGAAUCGUCAUAACGUUAAGGAAGUCAGUUUAGGUGGACUGAAGGCUACUAAUAAAUGAGUUUGGGAAAGUGGAAAAUAAACCAUAAUGAGAUUUAAAAAAAAAAAAAAAAAAAUCAGAAAAUGUAACUAAAAAUCACACGUUUAAGACAAGUAAUUUUGCUCCAUGGAAUAUCACUCAAAAUUGGAAAAGAAAAAUGUGAAAAUUUGAAGCUAACUGGUGCAGCACUCCUCUCCGGUACUCAAUGGGUUAAGAGGGGGGAAAAAUGUUAAAAACAAUGUGAUUUUGGAAAGCAUUCACAUGUCUUUAGUAAGCAUUAAAGUCACUGUGAAGUCCGUUUAUUAAAUUAUUGCAUUCAGACGGGGACAGUCAACUAGAAGCUCUCAGGCUGUUGGUGAAUGAAUGAGGAUAAAGUUUUACAACAGCAGUAAAGCGUUCAGUUGACUGUCUGGGUAUCGGGGUGUCAGCGAUCUGCUGUAACAGGACUAGGCAAUGUUGGGGGGGGCCCCGUCAUCUGUUUUGGACUACAAUUCCCAUCAUUCUUGUACAGCUCAGAUUAAGCUGAGGCUCAUGGGAGCUGUAGUCCAACCCGAUUUGGAGACAGAGCAGACACGCUGCCGAGCGCCAACAUCCUGACCGCCGCUGUCCCAGAGACCAAAAAGAGACAGAAAACGCUAUUUUUCAAAGAUUGUAACAAACAGAUGAGCUAAUAUAUUAUUGUAUGCCAGUGUAUAUUUGUUGUUUGUUUUUUUUUAAGUAUGCGACAGAUGUUUGGUUAUUUGGUACUAUUGCAUCGUAAAUUGUAUAUUUUGCUUCUGUAAAAUUGUAUAAUGUAUUUAAAAUAAACAGAUUCAACGGAA